AUGGGAACUCAACUUCGUUUAAGAUCUGCCAAAGUAUUGAUCAUAAAUUUGGGGUCUGUGGGUAUGGAGAUAGUGAAGAAUUUAGUUUUGGGAGGUAUAAAUAGUAUAGAUAUCGUUGAUGAUUCUGUAAUUAAAGAGGAAGACUAUGCAGCCCAAUUCUUUCUCCCAAAUGAUGAUAAAUUCAUUGGUGAGUUGAAAUUACCUAAUAUUAUUGAACCUAUAAAAGAAUUAAAUAAUCGAGUUAAUAUCAACAUUCAUACCGAUAAUUUCAACCAAUUAUUAGCCGACAAGGAUUUCUUCAAGAAAUUUGAUUUGAUAAUAGGAACUGAGUUAGUUAAACAAGAAAUUAUAGAAUUAAAUGAAUUAACCAGAACUUUCAAUAUUCCUCUAUAUGUUACAGGAUUACACGGGAUAUUUGGAUAUAUAAUUACUGAUUUGAUUCAACAUGUAAGUACAGUUGAAAGAAACACCAUCAACCAAGCAAAAACUAUUGGUGAAGAGUUGAGUUUGAAUAAAGUUGUUGAAAAUUAUCAAGUUGAUAAACCUAAUAACAAGGAAAUUUUAACUAUCAAAGAUACUUAUUCACCUAUUUCAAGUAUUUUCACAUCAGAUAACUUACCUAAACAAUUAAGUAAACGUCAAUUAAGAAAAUUAUCCUCGUCCUUACCAAUAAUAUUAAGUUUGUUGGAAUCCGAUAGAUCAGAAUUGACUACAGAAGAAAUAAACUUAAAAGCAAUCCAAAUGUGUUCAAAUCUUGGGAUUUCUCCCGAUAUUUUAAGUAAGGAAUAUUUACAAGAAUUCACCAAUCAACAAUUCACAGAAUUCGUGCCAACAAGUGCUAUCUUAGGAGGAUGUUUAGCCCAAGAUGUCAUACAAUUUUUAAGUAAGAGAGAAAGUCCAAUCAAUAAUACAUUAAUACUCGAUGGAUUAAGGUCAGAAAUGCCUAUUUAUAGUUUAUAA